AUGUUUAAGAAAACUUGGAUGCAUCUCGUCUUUGUUUGGCUGGCGUUUUUGAAGCUUGCAACGUUGCAAACCAAGGAGGAAAAUAUUUGCGAGUUGUUCAGAAAUAUCAGCAGACUGCAGGAUGAUGAAGAGGCUUGGUGGGAAAGAAAUCGAAAUUUGGCCAAAUCAAUUUUGGAGACAAAAAUUUGGUAUUCGGAUUUAGAACCAUCUUGUAAGAAAUUUGUGGAUUCUCUUCGAGAGUUACAAAGCCGCGGUGAUGCCUUGACUUCAUCUAGUUCUUGGGCUCAAAAACUGGACUAUCUUAAUGCAUCUUCUGAGGAAUAUAAAGCCGGACCCUGUGUUGAAAAACCGGGAUACUAUACAUUUAUAUCAUCGAGUAUCUUAGAUAAGAUGAACGAAGAUUCCUUGGAAUUGAGAGGAAAUGUGAAUGAUAAAAGGGAAUACAACAAUUUUAUUACACAAAUUGCUACAAAGGAUGGAUUCAUGGAUGCAUUAUCUGGGAUUUCGGUGCACCUACUGGAGUAUUUAACACGUUUUCAGAGGUGUAAUUUAACAAUUUUUUUAAAAGACAAUCUUAAACCCUGA